AUGAGGACACAGUUGCUGCUCGGGGUGACGGCCUUCUGUCUCUGUGUGUUUGUCGUCGCUGACAAACAACCCGACCGACAAGCAGACAAAUCAUUCCCUGAGAAAGAUGGAGUAUUACAGCUGAAGAAAGGAAAUUUCAACAGAGCACUGAGAAAAUAUAAGCAACUGCUGGUGCACUUCUCUGCUCCUCUGUCCGGAGAAGGCCGUCGUAUCUCAGCAGCGUUCGAAGAUGCUGCUGCAGAGCUCCAGGGGUCAGAGGUCAAACUGGCCGUGAUUGAUGUGGCAAAGGAGAAGGACCUGGCUAAAGAACUCAAUGUGACAGGCCUCGCCACAGUCAGGCUGUACAUUUCUGGAGAUAAAAACAACCCUGUGCCAUGUCCUGUUCCUCAGAACUCGGCGUCCAUCUUGACUUGGCUGAAAAGGAGGGCUGGGUCUGCUGCUGACCUCAUCGCUGAUCUGAGCCAAUUAGACGCCUCAGAGGACUUGACGGUGGUUGGAUUCUUUAAGGACCUGAACCACGAGUACGUCCAGUUGUUUUACGCUGCAGCCAUCGACCUUCCUGAUGUUAACUUUGCUGUGACGCAGAACAAUGAAGUCAUCACCAAAUACGGUCUCCAACAUGAUGUUGUACUGCUGUUGAAAAAGUCUCAGCUCAUCCAGGCUUACAAAAUGAUGCCUCAGACAUCUAAAGAGAUGCUGAUCAUUUUUAUCACUGUCUACCAGAUGGACCCAGUCACUGAGUACACCGGACAGACAGCCACUCAGAUAUUAACAUCACCUGUGUUAAACCACGCCCUCCUCUUUGUCAACAAAAGCUCUGCUGGCUUCAAGGAGAUCCACUCUGCCUUUAACGGCACUGCAGAAGCGUUCAGGUUGAAGAUUUUGUUUGUGUGGGUGGACGUGGAUGAGCCUCGUAACGGCAGGCUGAUGGAGUACUUCCGAGUUCGGAGUUUGGAAGCUCCUCUGAUCCGCCUGGUCAACCUGACCGACCAUGUCACCUAUCACCUGCCCUCUGACACUCUGGAUGUACAGACAAUAAAAUCAUUCUGCCAGUCCUACCUAGACGGCAAGGCUAAGCCUAAGAUGCAGAGUGAGCCGAUACCUGAAGGAUGGGAUAAACAGCCGGUGAAGGAGCUAGUGGGAAUGACUCUGGAGAAAGUCGCAUUUAACCCCAACAACACUGUUUUUGUCCUGUUCUAUCUUCCCUACAGUCCAGAGUCCCGUGCUCUGUUUCCGCUGUGGGAGGACUUGGCUGAGGCCCUGAAGGAGCGAGAGGACGUGGUCGUCGCUCGCAUCGAUGCCUCAGCCAAUGACAUCAACAUGUCAAUGCAGGGCGCCUACCCAUCCCUCUGCCUUUUUCCUGCCCUAUAUGCUGAAAGAAUGGUGGUUUACCAAGGGAAGAGGAAGGUGAAGGACCUAGUGAAGUUUUUAGAUAAAGAGAUGGCAAAAGCCAAAAAAUACCGAUUUAAGGAGGAUGAAGACAGGAGGAAGUACAUUGAGGCUGCAAAAGCUGAAGAGGCAAAAAAAGCCAACCAAAGCAAAGACGAGCUUUAA